AAAAAAAAAAAAAAAAAAGAUAAUAGCGAGCUAACAUCAAGUGACAACACGACUACACGUCAAAAAUGGCAGAUUCAGCUCCUACUAAGACAGAAAUUGAAGAAAUAUUCAAACGUCUUCGUGCUAUUUCGACCAACAAAACCUGCUUUGAUUGCAAUGCAAAAAAUCCAGCAUGGUGCAGUGUUACGUAUGGGGUUUUUUUAUGCAUCGAUUGCUCGGCGAUACACCGAAGUCUUGGUGUUCAUUUGACGUUUGUCAGAUCCUCACAAUUGGACACUAAUUGGACAUGGCAGCAAUUAAGAAAUAUGCAAUUAGGUGGUAACGCACAUGCUAGGGCAUUUUUUACGCAACAUAAUUGUACGAGUACAGAUGCUCAACAGAAAUAUAAAUCACGUACCGCAAUGCAGUAUCGUGAGAAACUUGCUCAAGCUUCUAAUCAGGCGAUGAAACGUUAUGGAACUAAGUUGCACUUAGACGACACGGAGACGUCAAAUAAACGUGAGGAGAAAGAAGAAAUAGAUUUUUUUACAGAGCAUGAGUCUUUCGAAGAGUUGAAUAAAAAAUCGACAGUUCCAAGUGUUGAAUUAACUUCCAGUGAGCCGGCUCUUCAAUCAGAUAAUUGCAAGCUCACGAAUAAGGAUCAAGAUGUUGAUUUAUUAAUAAAUUCAAUGGGACCAACUAUAAAAUUAUCUGAGAGCGUAAUUAGUACUGGUAGUAAUUACAAGUCGACUAUUGGCGGUCGUAAAGUUCAACAGAAACGUCCUGGUAUGGGGAAGAAAACUGGAAUGGGAGCUCAGAGAGUGACGACAAAUUUCGAUGAACUAGAAAAAUCGGUCGCUGAGUCUCAGUCACCAGCAUCCGUGCCGACUAACGUUGAUAAGGAAGAUAAGGAGGAUCAGAUAGAAGCAAACAGUCGGCUUGCGUAUAAGAUGGAACAGAAUCUGACAGAGCAGGCUAAGCUAGUUAGUGAACGCACGAAAAAAAUGGACCCGAAAAAAGCUUCCCAGGCUGAAAGAUUGGGAAUGGGAAUAGGCUCUCGCAGUGGAGCAAGUCAUUCUGCCUUCAGCGACAUGAAAGUAAUAACCCAAGAGUCAACGAACUCACGUAAAACUGAGUCCAAGUACACGAUGCGUGAGGAUCCAGAAUUAGAGUCGCCUUCACGGCCCGCCAAUGAUUUAGACGACUUUUUUUCUCUGAUAAGCACACCUUAUUCGUCGUCUAAGUCAUCUUACAAGUCGACGGCCUCCAACGAAGAGGUUGUGGUUAUCAGCGAACCGGAAUUGCCGAAACGUUCAACCCCGCGGUCAACUUUUGGAUCCACGAAUUCAAAACCGGAUGUUAAACAUUUGUCUUCUGGCGACGGGGAAGCUCAGAGAAAAUUCGGUGAAGCUAAAGCCAUUAGCUCUGAUCAGUAUUUCAGGGAUAGUAAUAACGAUGACUCGUGGGAGCGUAAGACAACUCUGCGCAGAUUCGAAGGAUCGUCAUCAAUAUCGUCAUCAGAUUUCUUCGGCAACAACCAGAGCUCUCCCACAGGAUCAUCGUACUCUUCAGGAUCAUUAUCUAUGAGCAGCAUCGCCGCGCGCACAGGAUCGGUCGACCUCGAGGACGUUCGCGAGUCCGUACGCCAGGGAGUGAACAAAGUCGCGGGUAAAAUAAGUUCCCUUGCAAAUGCGGCCGUUAAUUCACUGCAAGAUCGUUAUUUUUAACGAUUUAUUAAUAAUUAAUAUUUUCAUUAAUAAAUAAACUAAUUAAUUAAUUAAUUAAAUAAAUUGAAAAAAUUGUUAGUUAAUCGUAAAUACAGUAAAGGUUGUUUGUUAAAUUGCCUUUGAUGAUUGUUUAUAAGAUUUUAUGUUUAUUAUUAAUAAAGUUAUCGCUAUUAA